AUGAGGCUGGUUGAUGAGAGAAUUGUGACAGAACCUCCUGGUGGAGACACCACUGGCCUCCUUCGAUCCGCUGAACUUGACAUCGAAUGCCACCUCUCAUAUUUCCGAUGGAUAAAGCAUCAAAAGUCUCUCGAAGUAUAUACCGACGGAACUAAGACACAGCUACGUGGCAGCUUUACGCCAGACAAUGACCAAGUCGUAUUCUUCGAUGUAUUAGAUCAGGCAGAGAAACCGGAAGAAUAUGUCGAGGGUACUUGCAUCCCAGUAUGUAAAACGGAUCAUAACGGUACACGAUUAUUGUAUUGGCUCCUUAUAUUGGCUGCGGUGGAUGGUAAGUAUCGAAGAACUGGCCUCUUGGAGUGUCAAUUUCAUGAAUCGAACUCUGAGGCCAUUGGUUCUUUAACAGACGGAAAGAAGACUUGGUGGGAUGAUUGGGAUAUCAAUAAGUGGGACGCAUCACGCUGA